CUUGAAUCCCUGCCCGGCUACUGGGGCCUGUGCGGCGGCCGGGUUUUCACCGUUGUCUGCGGUCUCUGUUUUUCGACGCCAUAUCGGCUCCGCGCUUUGCGGGCAGGAAGGGCAGGUCAGAUUUGGGACGCGCCUCGCAGAGGCGAUCGCGAAUGGACAUGGCUGCGUUCACGGCCUUGAACGGCGGCUCGCCAAAAUCAGCAGAGGGAACCAACGGGAUAGCAGACGUGGAACGCGGGAGUCAGCAACCCGCCAGUGCAGAGCCCAAACCGGCUGAAGCGUACCAAAGCCAAAGGGAUCGCGAGAGUCGAGAAGUUCAGGAAACCAGAGGCAGUACGAACCAUGAGAGGACCCCGCUUCCCGGCGCUUCCUCCUUCUCUGAGGCUGAAGGGUCACACAAGCGCAAGCGGUCCAUCUCGGACUCGCCGCGGAGAGAGCGCCCUCCAUCGCCCCCUGCGAUGACGGAGAGGACGGAAAGGAUGGAAAGGACGGAACGGCUAGAGCGGGCAGAAAGGGCAGAGCAGCGUGAACCUGGUCGGCGUCAUUCGGAGUCGCGCGAGAGGCAGAGCACGCCUCCGAGAGAGACUUACCGCGGAGGGCAUGGCGAUGAAGCGCGGGACGGUGGCGAGCAUUGGCGCGCCCAGCAAGCCAGGGAAGAACGCACCUCGAGCUACGAAGCCCCCUACUCGGCUGGUCCGGUGUCAGCACAGUCAGAAGAGGCGGUGGGCGAGUUGCUACGCAGGGCCACGAGCCAGGGUGAAGGGGACCAGAGCCCGGAUGGCGACGACGGCGCCGCGUACUCUGGCCAGUACACACCUGAACCCCGCAGGGACGGCGUCAUCCAGUCGGACCCCAAGAAGAGAAAGCGCAACUUCAGUAACCGGACCAAGACGGGCUGUCUGACAUGCAGGAAGCGCAAAAAGAAAUGCGACGAGCGAAAACCCGAGUGUGAGUGUUUUUUUUUCCUUCCCCCCAGCCACUUCCCUGCCAUAUUGUUUUGCGUAUCCUCGCAUCUGCGACGCGCUUGUUUACACGCAUGGCCUGCUUUUGCGGCCGCAUCUGGCCCAUUCUGGCGGCUGACAACCUGGGUAGGCAUGAACUGCUACAAGGGCGGUUUUGUUUGUGCCGGUUACCCCCCACAGAGGGGCGCCUGGGCCAACAAGCCUGAGAGCAAGCCGGCGCAGGUCAACAUUGAGUCGAAGGAUCCGAACUACGUGCCUCCUGGGGCAUAUGGGAUGCCCCAACAACCCACCCCAUAUAGCAGCGGCAGCAGCGGUAGCCAACAAGCGCCUCUGCCUGGGCAGCAGCCAAAGCGCGACUCGUUGCCAUAUAACCGCGGCCAGCCCACGCUCCGGAUCACGCCGCCCCAAGGUCGCCCAUUGCAGUCGGACGACGACAGGUUGACGGCGUCGACAAUGCAGAGCUCAUCUGUCAUCAGCCCCGACAACAAGCUGUCGGCUCUCUCCGGGUACACGACGUCGGCGUCGGCCAAUGUAUUCCCGACCCCCGUCAGCGCUGCCGUUUCGGCCUUCUCGGAUCGGACGCCCAAGGAGUACCAGCGCGUGCCGCCGCUUCACGAUCUCACGCGGACGGACCCAGAUCACCAGCAACUGCCGCCACCGCCGCCUCCGCCACAGAGCACCACACUGACCCAACCCCCGUAUAGCAGUGCCCUGCGUGGCGGCAGGACGUCGACCCCUCCGGCGCCGCCGUCCACUAUGCCGUCUCAGACGCCGUCCGGCGGUGUGCAGGCAACAGCCCAGCUCGCGCUGUCGCACACUCAGUUCCCUUCGGACCGGCCGCGGCGUCAGAAGGAGGAGAUGCUGAACGGGAGGCCUUACUAUCCCUUCGAUAAGGAGCUCGUGCUCGAGCGGGAACGGUGCAACGCGGCCUGCUGGCGGUUCAACAACUCGACCAAUCCCAACCUGGGCGUCUCCCCGAGCGAGCGCGCACGGAUGUUCCGCGACAUCCUGCACCCGCGCGAGGGCGUCCAGCUGUCGCCGACGAUGGUGUCGCCCGUGACCCACACGGGCCGCGUCGGCGACGGCGUCACGGUCGAGGCGCCCUUCAACUGCGACUACGGCUACAACAUCCACAUCGGCAACAACGUCUCGAUCGGCCGCAACUGCCUCAUCAACGACGUCUGCGAGGUCCGCAUCGGCAACAACGUCGUCAUCAGCCCCAACGUGUGCAUCUACGCGGGCACCUGCAGCACCAACCCGUACCGGCGCAAGGACAGGCAGCAGUACGGCAAGCCCGUCAUCAUCGAGGAUGACGUCUGGAUCGCCGCCAACGUGGUCAUCCUCCCGGGCGUCCGGAUCGGCAAGGGCUCGACCGUCGGCGCGGGGUCGGUCGUCACGAGGGUGAGUUUUGAUCUUCUAUUUUUUUCUUUUCUGGUCGUUUGAGAGCGCAGCUGACGGCUUCGAUGCAGGACGUUGCCACCUGGAGUGUCUACAUGGGCCUCAAGGCCGGCCACCGCAGGGGUAUUGCCCUGCUUCCCAAUUCCUGAUGCAUGCCUUCUUGGGUGAUGAGGGGAACUGGGGGUUCUGAGUAUCGUAAUGAAUGGCCUUUUAUUUUUAUUCCUAUUCUUAUUUUUUUCUCUCCCGUCAUCCCUCAUCUCUCCUGUUAUGUAGUGUUGUCCUCGCUGUUGGGUCUAGGGCUGGUUUCCCCUCCACUUUUAGUUUUCCUUUGGUCGUCGCGGCUGGUACAAGGUUUCUUUGGCUGAUGAGUGUUGUCCCGCCCCCCGUAUGAUA